CUCCGGAUACAUACAUCUCUAAAAGAUGCUGUUUUUGCACAAUAUUAGCAUCUUUCACGUCGGUCAACAUCUUAAAAAGUAAAUAUAAUACUCUCCCACGCUUUUCACUUCAAUAUAAUAAUACUCUUCCAUGCUUUUCACUUGAUCCUUUCUUUGCGUAUUUCUUCCUUCAACCAUGGACGUUACAGCGUAACAGAAAAUCAAACAAAAAGAAUCAUAAAAAGAAAAGAAAACGCAACGUGUCAACACGAGAGUGGACAACGUGGCACGCGAUAUUUAUCACCGUCACAUUCCCUUUCAUUAUUUAUUCACUGUGUAAAAAAUGGAAAACGGAGAUCAGUUUCAGGAAUCAAAAUCCAAAUACGAUUGUCUUUUAUUCGAUCUGGAUGAUACUCUUUAUCCUUUUAGUUCUGGAUUAUCAAAUCACGUGACCGAAAAUAUUCAAGAGUAUAUGCUUGAAAAGCUUGGGAUACAAGAGGAUAAAGUUCCUGAAUUGUGUGUUUCUUUAUAUAAGAUUUAUGGGACAACGAUGGCAGGUCUCAAGGCUAUUGGCUAUGAUUUUGACUAUGAUGACUUUCAUAGCUUUGUUCAUGGUAGAUUGCCAUAUAAUUUGCUAAAACCUGAUCCUGUUCUAAGGGGAAUUUUGCUAAGCCUGCCCUUUCGAAAAAUUAUAUUUACAAACGCAGACGAUGCACAUGCAAAGAGAGUGCUUCACAGGCUUGGACUAGAGGAUUGUUUUGAAAGAGUCAUAAGCUUUGAGACACUUAAUUCCUUCAAAUCAAAUAACUUCAACUCUCCUGACACUGACAGUGACUAUAAACAAAGUUCCACAGGAAUAUUUGAUUUUUAUGAGUAUAUCUGUAAUCCUGAUGCUGAUAUUGUUCUUCCAAAGACCCCCGUUGUCUGUAAACCCUUUCAAGAUUCAUUUGAAAAGGUUUUUAAGAUGAUAGAUAUUGACCCUCAAAGAACAUUGUUCUUUGAUGACAGUAUCCGCAAUAUACAGACAGGAAAAUCCUUGGGCCUUCAUACAGUCUUGGUUGGUACUUCCCUUAGAACUAAAGGAGUGGAUUAUGCCUUGGAGAGCAUCCAUAAUAUGAAGGAGGCAUUUCCAGAACUGUGGGAAGUUGAUGAGAAGAGUAAAAAUGUCGAGUAUUCUAGAAAGGUUGCAAUUGAAACAUCAGUUAUAGCUUAACUUAUUAUAUGCAUCCACCUUUUGAAUUUGUGGUGCCUAAUAUUGUUUGUGGCAUCUAACUUUGACUAAUGUACUUGUUAUCAGAAUACUGAUAUGUUAUUUAUAUAAAAUAAAUGAGUUUUUAUCUGCCA